AUGCCCAGCGGCAAGCAGCCAAUGUCAGGGAGAGAAAGAGGAUGUUCAACCUCAAUGAAGCCUUUGAUAUGCUCCGCAAAAAGGUGCCAACAUUUGCAUAUGAGAAAAGACUUUCGCGAAUUGAAACUUUGCGUCUUGCCAUUGUAUACAUCUCUUUCAUGA